ACUGUCGCCACAUCUUGGUUUGUUUUCUUCAACCUCCCCUCUGUGGCAGCGAGCAGUCGUGUGAUAAAUCUACGCCGAGCUGCGAGCACCAGCGCGAGAAGCUCGCACACUGUAAUUCGACAUGAUGACUGCUUUGUCUCCAACAUGAACAGGAACCGGAGAGGAGCUCCUCGUCUGUCGGACCGGGCAUGUACAGAAUGCCAACGCAGAAAGACCCGCUGCGCUCUCGGGGUCGAAGGGGCUCCUUGCGUAUACUGCGCAAAGACCGGGAAAGAAUGCGUUAUUGCAGGGCCACCGCCACGGACGUCGCUCACUCGAAAAAACCUCCAAGCCGCUGAAAUACGCUGCAGACGACUCGAGGCUAUCCUCCGUCGUGUUCGUCCUGACAUAAGACUCGAAGACGAGCUUGGCCGCUCAGAUGACGAUCUGGAGUCUCCAACCCCUCCAAGCCCUCCAGCCGCACCGGAUACGACAGACUCUACACUAAAUCCUGGGAAAGCACCCUUGGCUUCCGAGCUCGAAUGGCACGAGAUCUCCCAUUUUGGUGAUGACGACGAUCAAAACCACCCAGAUAACGGACCCUCGAAAGAUGGGAUGAUGUCUCUUGAUUCUUCGGGCUACCUUGGAAUCACGGCUGGCUCAAGUUUGUUGAAGUCGAUCUCAUCAUUUCUGCCACCUGUAAGCCCUAACUCCGCCGGGCCACCUACCCAAACAUGUAAAUCGGUUGACUCAACCGCACGGUCUCAAGACUUCUUUUUCUCGGCGAGGAUGGCAAGAGGAUUGGCACAGGACCUUCUGAUUGAGGCUUACUUCGUGGCGUAUAAUUCGUCUUAUCCCAUCGUCCACGAACGAACGUUUCGUCAACAGCAUAGCCAAAAGCAUCGAAUACCAUCACAAUCUCCUUGGCACAUUGUAUCCUUCAUGGUGCUUGCCAUUGGUGAAUGGGUCAGUGGGUAUUGCACGGACGAACCGUCGCUGUAUUACGAAGCUGGGCGAGCCCGAUUGCGUACUGAAAUACUGGAGUCGGGAAAUACCAUGACAGUGCAAGCUCUGUUGCUCCUGGGAAACUAUCUGCAAAAGAGAGAUCGCCCCAACACCGGUUACAACUUCAUCGGCAUCGCCUAUCGAGUCGCACUGGGUCUGGGAUUGCACCGAGAGAUCCUCCCCGACAAGUCCAAACGCAGCCUCGCACAACAGCACCGGAGAGCGCUGUUCUGGACGCUGUAUUGUUUCGAUAGUGGCUUUAGUCUCACUACUGGACGCCCCAUCACGGUUGCCGACAUUUUCAUUGACGCAGAAAAACCUAAGAACAUUGUGGACGCAGAUUGUGACGCCUCCUCUACUCUGCCUCGAGAAGUCGACCACCCUACAGUAUAUUCCGCCCUAAAUGCACAAGCUCGUCUGGCAGUCAUAGCGAACGGCGCAUAUUGCGAAAUCUUGUGCGGAAGGAGAAACCCGGAGCCACACAGUUCGGCGAUCGCUGAGGAGCGGAAACUUCAGCAUUGGCGAGACUCUCUUCCCGCUUACUUUCGGACCCCUAACGUACCCACGUGGUUUCUCGGGCCCCGUCAAAUUGUGCUCUGGAAGGAAGCAAACCUGCGCAUUCUGAUCUUGAUGGCAAAGCAGCGUCGAUAUGAUGACCUGCAACAUCGGGUGGAACUGGCGGCAGAGCUUCAACGCGUGGCCGCCGAAGCUAUUGUCGAUAUAGCCACUUUCUGCCAGAGACAUCCCGAGGCUGUCCACACUGGACUGAGCUGGUACGUUGUCUACUUCCUACUCCAGGGGAUUCUGGCUAUGGGCGUUUCCGAGGCGAGACGAGCGUCUCUAUUAACGGAAGGCGAGUCAAAAAGGACGAUUCCAGCCUGCGAUGUCGCUUUGGCGAAAGCCGCCGGCUGCCUCGAGAACCUUGGGGGUUCGAACAAAGCCGCCGUCCGGACUCUCCAGAUUCUGGAUCGGCUGCGUAACACAUUACAGGGUACAUCAGCGCCUCCGCCAACUUCGGCAGCCCAUGAGACGGCCCCGACUUCAUCACGGUCCAUGCUUCCCUCAUCUUCGAUCCAGGCCGGCGUCCGGGACGAUUCAUCGUCGCCCAAUUUUAGCCACAGCAGGUCGGCAAUGUCUGACGGGAAUCCAUUCUCGGCUCUGAAUGCGCCACUAGUGGCAUCAAAUGUCUCCCCUGAUGGGACAAUCGCGGCCAAUUUCGUAGAUGAAAAUUGGGUUGCUACAGUUGACCCGUCUCUCCACUUCUUCCUGGACCAUGUCGAUGGCAUUGAUUGUUGGUUCCAAGGUAUGCAUGGAUUUCCGGGCACUUUGGAACAGGACGAGUUCUCGUACACGACUAGCAGCGUAUCCACUAUUCGGAGUGCUAUGCCCGCUCAGAUUCCUUGGUCGAAUUCUGGCAACGUGUUUGAUGAAAGUGAACUGUUUAUCCAAAACAACUUCGGAUGACCGAAGUCAUUGGGAAGGGUUGGGACAUGUAUGUUAGUGAGGUUGGCUCGUCGAUCGUGUCAACGGCGUUGUGCCAGGUACGGGUAUUCACUUCUGGAUGCUCAUUUCCGUUCACUCGUUAUCUACAACGUUGAACGGUCGCUGAGCAUACAGUAUCUUGUAUUUCAGACACCGAGCUUUUUGUGUU